AUGUCGGAGGAAACAAUUAUGUCUAUGAAUGAUCAGACAAUUAAACUUGAACCACCAGAAUAUUCGCCAGAAGACAUUAAAUUCGAAAUAGAGGAUGAUUUUGUUGAUCCCGACGUUAUUGUUAAAUCUGAAUCGUGUUCUGAAGAUGAUGAUACCUGUUUAGAAAGAUUCAUGAAUUCCGAGGUGACAAUUGAAGAAGAAGUCAAACAGGAGUUAGUCGAGACAUCAACUUAUGAAUGUGACAUUUGCUAUAGAUCAUUUAAUUUAAAAGAGCAUAUGGCCGAUCAUAUGCCUAGUCAUAGCAAAGAAAGUCCUUUUAAAUGCGAAAUCUAUUACAAGACUUUUGAUCGAUUAGAGGUUUUGAAAAGGCACAUGCUCAUUCACAAUGGAAUACGCCCCCAUGAAUGCAAUAUAUGCAAAAAGACAUUUACGCGAUCAGAUAGUCUGAAAAGACACAUGCUGAUACAUAGUGGAGUACGUCCCCAUGAAUGCAACAUAUGCAAUAAGACAUUCACAUAUAUAAGUAAUCUGAAAAGUCACAAGCUGAAACACAGUGGAGUACGUCCCCAUGAAUGCAAUAUAUGCAGCAAGACAUUCACAGAAAGAGCUCAUCUGAAAAGUCACAUGCUUAUUCACAAUGGAGUACGUCCCCAUGAAUGCAAUAUAUGCAAAAAGACAUUUUCGAGAUCAGAUAAUCUGAAAGUACACAUGCUGAUACAUAGUGGAGUACGCUCUCAUGAAUGCAAUACAUGCAAUAAGAAAUUCAAACGAUCAAGUCAUUUGAAAAAACACAUGCUGAUUCAUAAACGAGAGCUUUGCUAUAAAUGA